AUAUAUGAGUUUAAUCAACAAGAGUUCAUAAAAGAAACAAAAAUGCAUUAGAUAUCAAUUAACCAUCCUUUUGACCAAUAGCCCACCAUGAUUUCCCUGGCUGAUGUUUACCAUGUGGUGGCAGCUACUGUCCCAUUAUACACUGCCAUGAUCUUGGCCUACAUCUCUGUAAAAAGAUGGAAGCUCUUCACACCAGAUCAAUGCUCAGGGAUUAACAAGUUUGUGGCAAAAUUCUCAAUCCCAUUACUGUCAUUCCAAGUGAUCUCCUCAAACAAUCCCUACAAGAUGAACCUGAAACUCAUAUUCUCUGAUGCCCUCCAGAAACUACUCGCCUUUUGCGUAUUGGCACUUAUUACCAAACUUAGUCCCAAAGGAAAGUUUAGUUGGAUCAUAACAGGACUGUCUCUCUCAACAAUGCCCAACACUUUGAUCCUGGGAAUCCCACUAUUGAAAGCCAUGUACGGGGAUGAAGCAGCUGUGCUCCUUGCCCAGAUUGUUGUCUUGCAAAGCAUGGUUUGGUACAAUCUACUGCUGUUAGUGUUCGAGCUCAAUGCAACCAAGGCAGCCUCUGUGGCACCACCAUUAGAACCCGCAGGGGAGGUAGAGGCACCACAAGAAGCACAGCCAAAAGAAGAAGUUGAGGUACUACAUGCUAGAACUGCAAGGAAAACCAGGGCCAGGUUCAUUCUAUUCACAGUAGGGAGGAAGCUCAUGAGUAACCCCAACACUCAUGCUACAUUCAUGGGUCUCAUCUGGGCUAGCAUACACUUUAGGUGGGGAGUCAAAAUGCCGAUGAUUGUUGGUGAUUCAAUAUCAAUAUUGGCAAAGGGAGGACUUGGGAUGGCAAUGUUCAGCUUAGGUCUUUUCAUGGCAUCUCGAGCAAGCAUAAUAGCAUGCGGGGCGCGACUAGCAGUCCUAGCCAUGGGGAUGAAGUUCUUUAUGGGGCCUGCCUUAAUGGCAGUGCCCUCAGUUGCUAUUGGAUUAAGGGGAACAUUGUUGAGAGUGGCAAUUGUGCAGGCAGCUCUUCCUCAAGGAAUCGUUCCAUUUGUUUUUGCCAGAGAGUAUGAUGUAGAUCCAGAUAUGUUGAGCACUGGGGUAAUUUUUGGCAUACUCAUAUCCCUGCCAAUAGCAUUGGGUUACUACUUCCUCUUGGCGCUGUGACAGAAUUCAUGCAACGCAAUUUCAAACCCAGGAAAGGAUGGAAUAUAUACUCAAAAUUCAAAUUUCUUAUACAUGUGAUAUGAUUAACUAUUUUCCAUGUUUACUAUUUGAGAUGAAAGUACCAUCAAACUAUGAAUGGAAUUUUUUUUAUGGGACAAUGGAGGCUGAAUAAAAGUUAUGUGAAACUCUUUCUGCUUC